AUGGCAGACAAAGAAAUUAGUAGAUGUUUAGUAUGUGAUGAUGUUUCAAUGGGUAUUAAUUUUGGAGUACCAACAUGUAUGCCAUGUAAAGCAUUUUUUCGACGAAAUGCAGUUAAACUUGGUACUCAUGAAUUUAUAUGUCCAAAUGAUGGUGAUUGUAUGAUAACAUAUAAAUAUCGUCGUAUAUGUAAUUGUUGUCGUUUGGCAAAAUGUUUUCGUGUUGGAAUGAAAAAAUCAUUUAUACUUACUGAUGAACAACGUGAAGCUCGAAAUAAACUUAUAGCAAUGAAUCGUAUUAAACGUGGUCAAAUAGCUAAACCACAAUGUCUUGCAUGGGUUUGUAUUAAAUAA